AUGGCGGUCUGCGGAGUGCCAUUCGUGGCAGUCUCUGCCCUCAUUGCUGUCUUUAUGCCGUUCGCGUCCGCUGAAGUGCAGUCAUUUCCCAUCAGUGGUGUUCAGCCUGUGCCUACCAGCAACAUCUGCGAUGCAGUCGAGCAGUCAGAAGCUGGAGGGAACAAGAUGCUUCCGCUACAGAUCUCUCCUUCUGCUUCCAGCAUCUCGUUUACAUGCAGCGCAAAUAAGGACGCAGCUCUUACGCCAGCGGACGGGAUGUUCUUCGACAAGGAGGACUGUCAGUCCCCGAACCAACUAGUCACAGUGUGGUCUGACGCCACACUAACUCCGGCCCCCUCUCAAGGGAAAAAGCAGGUGUACACACUGACUGUGCCUAAGACACAGCGGCAGGGAAAGACCGUCUACUACUGCUGUGACAUCGCUGUCACAGGCGAAGAUGGGGAAAAGGAGGUCAUUCAGCGGGCAGAACAGUCCGUUGAGGAGAAAAAUCGGUGCGUCGUCAAAAUCACUGUCGAUGAGAUCCUGUCGAAACCCGAAGCCCCCUCCGAACAUCAACAGGUGCCAGGCCAGCAGGGUGAUGUGGCGCAGGAAAAAAAAUGUGAAACUGGCACCGAAAAUGCGACUGUAUCAACGGAUAAGCCUCUUUUAUUCAAGUGCGGCCCGGGGAUGGCGCUGCAGCCAGCCGGCCUGGAGAACGUGUUUGAUGGCAGCGACGGCACAUGCGCCACGAGCGUUAACCUGAAGCAGCUCGUUGACGCUGAGCUGAGCAAGGCGAACCAAGAAAACACGCGUAGCCCCCAAGAGAAUGAAAGUUAUACAUUCUCCCUCAAGACGACGCCCAAGCACGAUGCAUCCCUGUGCUACAGGUGCGUCCUCCUCGACGAGUCCAGCCAGACUGGUGGCUCUCGGGCUUUUGUGAGAACGGUGCUGAGUGAGCAGAAGCAGUGCCUGCUGAAGAUACUCAUCCAAGGCACUUCGGGUCCCGCCGGCGCCGGCCCCCCGUCAAGAAUGGAAUCUUCAUGGUUCGCCGCUACGCUGCUUCUCGCCACAAUAUGCUCUCUUCUGUAA